CCGUGAUUUUUCAUGUCCGCAGGGUAGGGGUUUAGUCGAGUUGGCGCAUUGUCACACACAGAUGUGCCUCUCUACCCUGACACAACACCGUGACGGACUCAAACUCAAGACCCACAGUCACUCAGGUUACAUUCACAAGGCGUAUAACAGCCCCGAGAGUCCUGUCAGAUUGUGUACCGCUGGAGCCCAACUUCCAGAAGCCACUUUCCUAAUUCUCCAACCAAGCCUUAUCGUCCGGGACGUGUCCUCGGAGCAUACAGCUGAUUUAGCAGAAUAAAUAUCGGAGAGAGCCCGGGUCGGGACUAGGGAAAACUGUCUUCUCCUCACAAGCAUAGAUUUAUUCGCCUUUUUUUUCCCGAAGACGCUGUCAGCGAUUUCCCUCGGCAUCUCCCGGUUCACGUUUUGGAAGGGGACAGUCGUGCCUCUGCCUGCAUUCAUAUCCCGAGACCGACGGUGUGUUCCAAAGCAACGUAUUCUGUUCUGCUCUGACAAGGAACGUAUUUUCUCAUUGAACCAGACAGUGUUCAUUUCUCAGGAUCAAAACCUGAAACGAAGACGCGUCUCCGUUUUCAAUCAAAUGUCACAAAGCUGUUAUUGCGCACGAGUCAAUACUUUUCUUGCGGGGACGACUCCGACUUUUUAAUUACUUCAGACUGUAAUAUAUCAGGGGAGAAGUCCCCCACUUGAGGGCGAAAUCAGACAUUCGAGGACGGCAAGUUCGAGAGCCCAGGACCCGUGUCUUCCAUAAACAACAUGCAGAAAUGUCCGAGGAGGCAGGGUUGGAUGUGAGAGGCAGCAGCGAGGAGAGAAGCAGCCAGGCGCCCAGAGACCCAGAAAGCGAGAGGGCACCAGAGUCCACUCUGAGCGGCACCUCCAACACCCCGACUACCACCUCUACCAGCAGCAUCACCUCCAACCAGCACCACAACAACAGUGCUAGCCCCACAGCCGUCUCCAGCAGUAGCAGUAGCGGUGGCUCCAGUGGUGCCAUAGGUGUUAGCAUAGUUAGCCGCAGCGCUAAGGGAGCAGAGGAGGUCCUCCAUGCAGUUCAGCACCAGACCUCCCAGUGCUGAGCCUGGCUUCAUGGGGACAUGGCAGCAACAGAGCACUGACCAGAGCAACCUCCUAUUCAGAAUGUCCCAGCAGGCGGGUGCUGUAACGCGGCUUCCUCUGAAGUGCGACAGGUCGAGUAUGGGCCGAGACCUUACAGACGAGGCCAUUCGCUGCACUCUGGUGAACUGCACCUGUGAGUGUUUCCAGCCAGGAAAGAUCCACCUGCGUACAUGUGACCAGUGCAAGCACGGCUGGGUGGCUCACGCGCUGGACAAGCUGAGCACGCAGCACCUGUACCACACCCACCCAGGUGGAGAUAGUUCAGUCCAACGUGGUGUUUGA